AUGGCCGCCCCCGUAGCCGCGGGCCUAGUGGGCCGGGGGCUGCGUUGGGCUCCCUGCCGCGGGCGGCCCCGGGGGUCGCGCGCCGGAGGGAGGCUGCUGUGGCCGGCGAGCUGCGGAGGGGGGGCGCCGGCAGUGGCGGCUGCCUCGAGCCUGCCGGGCGCUGGAGAGGAGGGGGGCUACUGCGUGGAGCUGGUGCGGAAACGUGACUAUGAAGGCUACCUCUGUUCAUUACUCCUGCCAGCAGAAUCGCGCUCUUCUGUUUUUGCCCUGAGAGCUUUCAAUGUAGAACUGGCUCAGAUUAAAGAUGCAGUAACUCAGAAGACCAUUGGGUUGAUGCGAAUAGAAUUUUGGAGGAAAGCUAUAGAAGACAUAUAUCGUGAUAACGCACCAAAACAGCCGGUUGCUAGAGAGCUGUGGAAGGCUGUCAAGCGGCAACACUUGACCAAAAAGUGGUUCAUGAAGAUUAUUGAUGAACGGGAAAAAAAUUUGGAUGAUAGAGCAUAUAGGAAUAUCAAAGAACUGGAGGCAUAUGCGGAAAACACUCAGAGCUCGCUCCUUUAUCUCACUCUGGAAACACUUGGUGUGAAGAAUAUCCAUGCUGACCAUGCUGCCAGUCACAUUGGGAAGGCACAAGGCAUUGUAACCUGCUUAAGAGCAACUCCAUUCCAUGCUAGCAGAGGAAAGGUGUUUCUGCCUAUGGACACAUGUAUGCUGCACAGUGUUUCGCAAGAGGAUUUCGUAAGACAUAAACAGGAGCAAAAAGUGAAAGAUGUAAUAUACGACCUUGCCAGUCAGGCGCAUGUUCAUCUGGAACAUGCUCGGUCCUUCAGAGGGAGUGUUCCCCUCAAAGCCUUUCCUGCCUUUCUUUACACAGUUGCUCUUGAGGAUUAUUUAAAUAAAAUACAAAGAGUUGAUUUCGAUAUGUUUCAUCCAAGCUUGCACAGGAAGAGUCCUUUACUACCUCUGCAUUUGUAUAUUAGGUCUUGGAAGAAAACAUAUUAAAGAGUCUUUAAUC